UUGUUUCCUGAAAGUGUUGUUCUUUCCGUUAGUGAAGAAUCGAAAACGGCGCUCAACACAGAGGAGAGGUAGAGGAGAAGUGGGGAGUGGAGGAAAAUGGCUGGUGGGGGGUUUACAGAUGCUGGAAACUUGAAAAGGGCUCAUCUUUAUGAGUACAGAAUCACUCCUUAUUUCAUCUUCGCUUGCAUUGUCGCCGCCCUUGGUGGUUCCCUCUUCGGUUAUGAUCUCGGCGUUUCCGGGGGUGUGACAUCCAUGGAUGAUUUUUUGAUUGAGUUUUUCCCGAAAAUCUACAGAAGGAAGCAAAAACAUCUUCUGGAGACAGACUACUGUAAAUACGACAAUCAGAUCCUGACCCUGUUCACGUCGUCUCUGUACUUCGCAGGUCUUGUUUCCACUUUCGGGGCAUCCUAUGUUACCAGAACCAAGGGGAGGAGAGCCAGUAUUCUCGUCGGAGCUGUCAGCUUUUUCUUUGGGGCCAUCCUUAACGCUGCCGCUGUCAAUAUCGGGAUGCUUAUCAUUGGUCGUAUUUUGCUCGGGGUCGGAAUUGGAUUUGGCAAUCAAGCGGUUCCGUUGUAUUUGUCGGAGACGGCUCCGGCGAAGAUCCGAGGGGCGGUGAAUCAGCUUUUUCAGUUGACAACAUGCUUGGGGAUUUUGAUAGCAACCCUUAUUAAUUACGGAACAGACAAGAUUCAUCCGUGGGGUUGGCGAUUGUCGCUCGGAUUAGCCACAGUUCCAGCAAUUCUGAUGUUCAUCGGCGGUUAUUUCCUUCCGGAGACACCUAAUAGUCUUGUGGAACAGGGCAAGUUAGAUGAAGGAAAAAAGGCGUUGAUCAAAAUUAGAGGAACUCAGAACGUUGAUGCUGAAUUUACCGAUCUGGUAGAGGCUAGCGAGGCUGCUCGCGCAGUAAAGCAUCCGUUCAGGAACCUCCUCCAGAGGAAGAACCGUCCCCAGUUGGUAAUCGGUGCCCUUGGGAUUCCGGCAUUCCAGCAGCUCACCGGCAAUAACUCCAUUCUCUUCUAUGCUCCAGUGAUGUUUCAGAGCUUGGGUUUUGGUUCAGGAGCAGCUCUUUACUCGUCUGUCAUUACAAGUGCCAUGCUUGUUCUUGCCGCACUCAUUUCAAUGGCUUUUGUGGAUAGAUUCGGAAGAAGAGCUUUUUUCUUGGAAGCGGGAUCUGAGAUGUUCUGUUACAUGGUGAUUGUAGCAAUUACUUUGGCGUUGAAGUUUGGGGAAGGACAGGAACUUCCUAAAGGCCUAGGGAUAUUCCUUGUGAUCAUCAUCUGUUUGUUUGUGUUGGCCUAUGGAAGGUCAUGGGGGCCUUUGGGCUGGUUGGUUCCUAGCGAGAUCUUCCCCUUGGAGACAAGGUCUGCAGGCCAGAGUAUGGUGGUGUGUGUCAACCUCUUCUUCACAGCCCUAAUUGCGCAGUGCUUCCUUGCCUCCCUCUGCCACCUCAAGUAUGGUAUUUUCUUGCUGUUUGCCGGUCUGAUCCUCAUAAUGAGCAGCUUCAUUUUCUUCCUGUUGCCGGAAACCAAGCAAGUACCAAUCGAGGAAGUGUAUCUUUUGUGGCAACGUCAUUGGUUUUGGAAGAACAUUGUCGGCGAUGGCAGUGAAAGGAAAUUGGAAGGAAACCCAUGAGGUAGAAACAACUAGGAGAAACACAUUUGUUAUCCACAAUUCAUUGUCCAAGACAUGUCUUCCUCAAGAGUUACAAACAAUUUAUUCUUGUUCCUAACAUAUGCCGUUCCAUUGGUAUCUUCUGCGGCUUUUCCAACAGUAUUGCUGCUUUCAUGAUCUCUGGAACACAUUUAAGAUUUUGUAAAGGGCAAAACUGGAUGAAUUUUCUCUGCUGUAUUUGUUUUAUGGAGUAAUAAGAAGUCUUCCUAGCU